UCUGCACUGCCUCGUCGCCUUUCCCUUGACGCGUCGAGAAGGAAACAAGAUUCCAGCAAAAAAGAGGUUUGGGGGUCGUCGCGUCGGCGCUGCCCAAUCUCUUCUCCUCUCCUCUCCCAACUCCGCUGUGGCCGAUCCGGCCUCCAAUUCAACUUCGGCGAGAUUCGAUUGGAGUGGAGUGGACUAGAGCCGAUCCGAUCCGAUCUGAUCGGAUUGUGCUGGAAGCUUGAGGAGGGCUAGCUCGCCGUCGCGCGGCCAGAUCUGCCGCGCUCGCCAUGGAGGGCAACAAGGACGACGCGGUCAAGUCCCUGCGCAUCGGCAAGGACGCCCUCGACGCCGGCGACACCGCCCGCGCCAUCAAGUUUUUGUCCAAGGCCAAGCGCCUGGACCCCUCGCUCCCCAUCGACCAACUCCUCAAUCCCCUCCUCAACAAGGACGACCCGUCCUCCUCGCCGGCCUCGUCAUCAUCGGCCCCACAGCCCCCACCGCCGCCGCCGUCUCGAUCUGCAGGAGCUGAAGCAAACGGGACUGAUGGCUUGAGAGAGAGGAAGCAGAAGGGCAAGAAGAAGGAGGGGGAGGAGAGCGGUGGUGAUACUGCCGGGGUGAGGACGUUCACGGAGGAACAGCUGGAGGUGGUUCACCAGAUCAAGAAGCACACAAGGGACUACUACAAGAUCCUGGGCCUCGAAAAGGACUGCACCGUGGAGGACGUGCGCAAGGCCUACCGCAAGCUCUCUCUCAAGGUGCACCCUGACAAGAACAAGGCCCCUGGUGCUGAGGACGCCUUCAAGGCUGUCUCCAAGGCCUUCCAGUGCCUCAGCGAUGCAGAAAGCCGGAAACGCUUUGACCUUGUUGGUUCUGAUGAGCCACCAACACACAACAGGAGGGCAGCAUCCACUGCCCGUGCAUACAAUGGGUUCUAUGAGGAUGAAAUUGACCCAGAUGAGAUAUUCAGGAACUUCUUCUAUGGCGGGAUGGCGCCUACCACCACCAGGCAGUUUGGGCAGUUCGGGACGUUUCAUUUCAGGACUGGUGGGAUGCAUCAUGCUCAUGGGGCGCAGCAGGGUUCCGGUGGCUCUCAUGUCCGAAUGCUUAUCCAGCUGUUGCCUGUCCUACUGCUGCUGUUGCUCAACUUCCUGCCAUCUUCUGAACCGGUUUACAACCUCUCCCGCUCCUACCCUUAUGAGCACAAGUUCCAAACCCCACGCGGAGUCACGUACUAUGUUAAGUUGCCUAAUUUUGAAGAGCAGUACCCACAACAGAGCACUGAGCGCACAACACUGGAGCGGCAUGUCGAGAGGGAUUAUUACUCAAUAAUAACACAGAAUUGUAGGGUGGAGCUGCAGCGUCGUCAAUGGGGGCUAGCCUACCAGACACCGCACUGUGAUAUGCUUCAGAAAUUUGAGGCGACAGCACAGUAAUUCAUGCAAACUCGCCAGGUUGGUGAGGAAGACAAUAAUUCCAUCUGUUGACUAUGUGGGCCAAGGGUGAUCUUGUUUUGUGAUUGGUUGUCGGAACUUGCUGGGUUGAAGAACAGUUUGUAAAAUAUGUAAUUGUACAAAUUUUGAACCAACAUAUGUUCUAUUUUGCAUAAUGUGCUUUGGUCAUGAGAUGCUGAUACAAAAAUAUAGAUUUAUUAAGUUUUGUUAAGCUCUGUCAACUAAAGUCCAUGCAGGUUUUGUGAGUAGUUGAUGUAGUUAGCAAAUAGAAAGGCCUUAUGUUUAUGAAAACAGUUUCAUUGUUUGUUCAGUAAGCUGGCUCAUGGGAUAUCUAGUAGGAGCUUCAGCUUUGUAACCUUGCCCACUAUUGUGCAAUUCGGCAUUUUUAAAUCCAUGUGGUUCUAAGUUUCUUUAGUACUCACAGAUAUGGCGUAUUGAGUUGAUUAAAAGGGUGCUGUUAGAGACUUUGGCCAAUUUAAUACCUUGUGCCCAACCAUUAUGCACAAUCAACAUGAAUGCUGGUACAAAAAUGGCGAACUAAUGUUUAGAUGAGCAUUGUUUGCGAGAACUACACACCGAAAGCUCACCAGUCUGCUAUCAUUGUUUUGUACGGAGAAUUAACAUGAAUGCUGAUACAAAUUCUACAAUUUUGUUGUUUGAUCAUGAACUUCAGCUACAGUGGACAUAUUUACAUAGGAAUGAAUGCAUUGGUAUGUGGUAUGGGCAGGGCGUGGGUAUGGUGAUCAUCAUCCAUAGUUCCGGACUACAUAUUAUGGAAAUUUGUUAAAGCUGAAAUUUACCCACUUGUUUGUUGGAGGUACUAAACCAAAUACGCCAAAUCAGUUGAAUCUGUCACGUUUCAUUCGUCUGUUAUUGGCCAGCAGGUUAUAGUGAUUAGCAGUCCGUCCAUCUUAUGGAGGCAAGAAUGACCCAAUUCCAUCAAAUAUCAACUCUUUUGAUGCGUAACAUAAGGAGUAUUUGUCAUUAGUUAGAUUUAGGAAAAUUUGUGGCAGUGCCACUACUAUGUUCUGGAAUUGCGAGCGUGUCACUACUUUUGUGCUAUUUCUGCAAAUACCACUGGUCUGUUGGUUUACUUCUCGUUUUUGCCAUUUCAGCCGUUACCAUUACCAUGAGGUUAAGCCUCUUUGAUUGAACUAGGCUUAGCACAGACAUGUGGACCUGCCUCCUGGUAUCUCACUGACCCAUAUGGC